AUGCCCAUUACUUCAACUCCUAAUGAUGUAACCGAAGAAAAGCAGGCUCCCUCUUUAGCUGAUGUGGUUAGAAUGUUGAAUACAGAAAAACUUAUCGAAUUUUUACGUGGGGAAGGACUUACAAUUCAACAAUGCUCAUUUCGAAAUCUUACGCAAGAAGAUCACCGAUGUCAAGAGCACUUGGAAGAGAGCAUCCUCGUCUUACCACAGCUUGAGGGAAGUGUUGAACAAACGGGAACAAACAUUCCGCACACCGCAUGGCAGAGAUUUUGGUAUGACUCAAAGAUUACGAGCGAAACGCAAAAGGAUUUCAGUAUGAGACCUCAACAACAAGAAAUAGGUGAUGAAAGCGCGGGGAAAGUUUAUUAUGCCACCAAUGAUUGUGUUACUUAUCGUCGAAAAAUAGACAAGUCCAGUGCAACGGAGGUUUCUUCUUCUAGUGGUCCGGUGAGGGACGUCAAUUGGUAUCGCCAGCUUUGGUGGAACACUGGCAACUUUCACCUCAAAGCUAAGUGGAAUGAGGCGACGAACAAAAACAACUGGAGGAGUAAAGAGCCAGAUGCAUCUCUUCGACCUUUUGGAAAACGUCCAGCGCAUGGUGAUGGAUAUGAUGGAGCGAGGUCGCUUAUUCCCAAGAAGAAUGAGAUCUCAAAAGAAAAGUAA